UAAUGGACAUUUGACACUUCAGAUGUAAGACGAUAUUUUCAGGAGUGGGUCGUAUCAAAUAUUUCACCAGGGUUUGGUUUAAAACAGCCACGAGCUGAAUAAUGUAAUAAGGUUUCAUGCUUUAUUUCUCUUUAAAAUAAGAUGAUUGCAGCAUUGGAUUUCACGCUAUAUCAUUUUGAGGUUAUUUUAACCCCAGGCAACUUAAUGGGAGAACGACGAGUCUCGCUUGAAUAAAAUUGCAUAAACUGAAUAAAGAAUAAUGAGGACAAUCCUAAUAAUAAUCGGUCAGUUUUACAGCAGGAGGCCAUUUUGGGUUAAUGAGGUUUUGUAUCUCUCAUUCAACCCUCGACUGGCGACGCGGCCAACACUUUAAUUGCCCCCAUUGAUUGAUAGAAUAAAAACACAACAAUGCCGCCACACAGUCCGGGUGGCUUCCCCCCUCACAAGAAAGCUGGCUGAGUGAAUUGGGUGUAGCUGCGUCUGUGUGCGCGCCUUGGCCAAUGGAACCAGAUCCUCCCUGCAGCGCGUAAGAGCGCGAUUUAGGAUUUAACCAAGUCUUUGCUGCGGGGCUGGCUGCAGUCUUCACCAGAGCCCCGACGGCCCGAGAGCCUGUUCAACGACGCCAGUGUAGUCCCCGCGCCGCUUCUGGAAUCAGACUACACUCGUCGUUUUUUUUGUCGUUUUAGUUUUUGUUGGUGCCAAUUGAUUAAAAACAAAAUCCGCGCGUCCGCUUGCGUAAAAGUAUGACUGGAGUAUUCGACCGGAGGAUCCCGAGUGUGAAACCCGCAGACUUCCAGAGCUCCUUUCAGAUCUCCGCCAUGCACCACCCGUCUCAGGAAUCCCCCACUCUACCCGAGUCCACCGCCACGGAUUCUGGCUACUACAGUCCCGCCGGCGGAGUCACUCACGGCUACUGCUCGCCCAGCCCCACCUCGUACGGGAAGCCCCUCAGCGCCUACCAGUACCAGUACCCGGGCGUCAACGCGUCCGCUGGAAAUUACUCGACAAAAUCCUACACCGACUACAGCUCGUACACGACCCCCGCCUACCACCAGUAUGCCGGGACGUACAGCAGAGUGCAACCCCAGCCGAGUCCACAAGAAAAAGAGAUCAGCGAGCCCGAGGUGAGGAUGGUGAACGGCAAGCCGAAGAAGGUGAGAAAGCCCCGGACCAUCUACUCCAGCUUCCAGCUGGCCGCACUGCAGCGGCGGUUUCAGAACACACAGUACCUGGCGCUGCCGGAGAGAGCCGAGCUGGCGGCGUCGCUGGGACUCACGCAAACACAGGUCAAGAUCUGGUUCCAGAACAGGAGGUCGAAAAUGAAGAAGAUCAUGAAAAACGGGGAGCUUCCGCCGGAGCACAGCCCCAGCUCCAGCGACCCCAUGGCGUGCAACUCCCCACAGUCCCCGGCCGUCUGGGACACACAGGGCCCCUCCAGGCCGCACAGCCUACAGCCACAGAACAUCAACACGACGGCGUCGAGCUUUUUGGAAGCCUCGGGGUCAUGGUACACCUCGGCCGGCGGCUCCAUGGCCGCCCACCUGCAGACCCCUAACUCGAUACAGCACUCGUUGGCUCUCGGAGCGGGGACGUUAUACUGAAGCAAGCAAGCCCCGUUGUUCAUUUCAAACCUCUUUUUCAUUUCUCUCCUUCCUUCUAUGGGACUCGUGUUCAGAUUUUUUCAGAGGAAUAUGCAAUGUAUUUGAUGACAGUCAUAGAAGAAAAAACGUGUAAAAUGUGUAAAUGUGUGCAUGUAAUUUAUUGCAUUUUUUGGAAGACUAUUAAACGUUUAAAUGGACAAUGCA